CGCCAACAAGUGCUCAACAAUGUUUCGCUCGCUGAACCUCCCGCAUCUUCUGCCUACUCUUCCGAUGGCGGGUGAAGAUAUUCAUGUCAUCUCACUAGCGAUGUAUAGCUGCGAUCCAUAGAAGGGCGUUGUGCCAAAUGAACUCGAGGGGGAAAUGCAAAAGGCAAGGGUCCGACAUGUCGAAUAACAUGACAAGGAUCUUUCUAGCGCGUCUCCAGUAGGUAUCCUAGAGUGAGGAGAUGCUCGUUCGAUACUUCUCUGGAAUAGUCCGCAGUAUCUGGCUACAGCGACAAGAAACACUAAUGCGAGAUUGUCGAAAGCACACAGAUGCAGAGUGCCCUGGGACAUCCAUUACGUCGAACGCUGGCAGGCGCUGGUGUUGCGGGCAUUGCGAUAGGAGCGGUAUGGUGGACUGCAACUCUGUGCGAGGGUUGUUGACGUUGAAUGCCGGCGCUCGGUCCGCUCAACCCAAAGAAGUGGCUCCGGCCCAGGAUCUGGUCACGAGAUCUGCACCAACCCGUCUGCCACAAAAUAACCUUAACGCAGCCUCCUACACAUCAGGAUCGUCCUGCAUGAGCGACCACGAACCGGGUAGCCUCUCGGCAUGCUCGAGCGUACAAUUUCGUCACAGUUUGCAUUGCAGGCGCAGGAGCGGGUGGCAAAACGUCGAUUCAUUGCGCGGUAAUUCCUCGUGCGCUUGUGGGCUCAUCUCCUGUACCGUUCCCUAGCCUCCUGCUAUACAGAUCGCGCGAGCGAUGAACGCCAGAUAUCGUAACGUGGAAGCAGUGGUAAUGAGCCAAUAACACCGAAAACCCCCAUCCUCCCACUGGCUGACCUCGGACUGUCGUGAGCCAAUCUCCCAAAUUGAACCGAAACCUGAAACCUCGCGCGUUGUUCCCUUACACGCAGAUGCAUAACAACCACUCCUCUGACGAAAACAUGA